AUGAUUCAUAAAUAUUCUAAAAAUCCUUGGCAUUAUGUAUCAUAUGGAACUGAAGUUCCUCACACAGUAACAGCUGUUAUUGAAAUCUCAAAAGGAUCUAAAGCCAAAUAUGAAUUAGAUAAAGAAUCAGGGAUGUUGAAAUUAGACAGAGUACUAUUCUCAGCAGUACAUUAUCCUGCAAACUACGGAUUUAUUCCUUAAACAUAUUGUGAUGAUAAAGAUCCUUUGGAUAUAUUAGUUAUAUGUAGUAUUGAUGUAGAACCUUUAUGUUUAGUAGAUGCUAAAGUAAUUGGAGUAAUGCAUAUGAUUGAUGGUGGUUAAAUUGAUGAUAAAAUAAUUGCUGUAGCUGCUAAUGAUAGCUCUGUAAAUCAUUAUAAUGAUAUUCAUGACUUACCUUAAUAUUUAACUAAACAAAUUGAAAGAUUUUUCGAAGAUUAUAAAAAAUUAGAAAAAAAAGAUGUCAAAGUAUAAUAAUGUGAAGGGAAGGAAGUUGCUUUUAAAGUUAUUGAAGAAUCUAUUAAAUUAUAUUAAUAAGAAUACGGUUAUUUACAUAAUCUUGCUCAAGGCUAACCACUAAAGAAUUGA